AUGUCUCUGACGGGACUGGGUGCCGUUAACUUUUCUUACGGAACUGCUUGCACAAUUCAAAGUGGAUCAGUAGUCCCUGCAAGGUUUGCAUAUUUGCUAUUGAAGCCUUCUUGGGGUGAUGUGGAUUACACAAGCAAAGGGACUCUAAUUUUAGAAGUAAUAGAUGAUGAAAUUGAAGAAGGUGAUAAAGAAAAGUUUGAGAGCAACAACGGGGAAGAUCAUGAACAUGAUGACGAAGGGAUAGAAGAUAAGCAUCAUAUAGUUUGUGCUGUUGAAAGCUUUUAUCCUCAGAGAGGUGGCAAAGUUCUUUCUCAAACUUGUACUCUGAUGAAAAGGAUAAAGAGAGGGAUGAGAAGGAAGAUAGAAAACUUGAAUUUGCAUUUUGAGAAUCAUGUAGCUUGUGAAACUCAUGCAUUAGAGAGGGAGCAAAAGAUUGAAAGUUUUGCUACUGAGUCACCUAUUAGAGCACAAUCAACAUAUCUACCUCAAUCUCAAGAUCCAGCCUGCUCAUAUGAAUGCACACAAGAAGAUGAAUAUUCAACAAGUGAUGAUAAUGCUGAAGUUCAAAAUGCUUUUGAUGAAUUCAUUGCUCAGAAUAAUCUUUGUGAGUCUCAAGCUUUAUCCAAUGGAGGUAGCAAUGCAGUAGCAGCUAUAGAAGAAGCAGAUAAUAGACAAGGACAACAUAUGAAGGAACUAGAAGAAGAGAGAAGUGCCUCUGCAAUAGCUGCUAACCAGACAAUGACAAUGAUUACCAGGCGGCAGGAAGAAAAAGCAGCAAUGCAAAUGGAAGCAUUGCAGUGCCAAAGAAUGAUGGAAGAGCAAUCAGAGUAUGAUCCGGAAGCUUUGCAGAUUUUGAAUGAUUUAAUGAUGAAAAGAGAGAAAGAGAAGCAAGAACUUGAAAUGGAAUUGGAAGAGCACAGGAAAAAGAUACUGGACUAUGAAGGAAAAGAGAAAUUGAGGGUGUUGAGAAGAAAAGAUGGAAUUGUAAGAACAAAGGAUGAAGACAAUGGCAUCUUCAACCAUGAGGAAAGCAGCCACAACAAUUUAAGUGCUGAUACAGUUUCAAAUUUGGAGGAGAUGGCAAUAGACUGUGCAAAGUAUAUAAGUGUUGUUGAUAAUUCAUUGGCAGAAUUUGAGGAAGAUAAGGUGUCCAUUCUAGAUGAGUUCAAAGCAUUGAGGGAAAAACUUAUCGCAGUGGUGAUAUAA